AUGGACACAAAGAAGAACAUUCACCAUCGUUAUCUGUGUGGUGGAUUGUCUACCCUGAAAGCUUCUUCAGAGCACACAGACACUGUUCUGGUUGUAGGAGACACCAGUUUCCCAUGUCACCGAACAAUCCUUGCCGCCAUGUCCACAUAUUUCCGUGCAAUGUUCAGCUCUGGCAUGCGCGAGAGUCAUGACAAAACUGUCACUCUGAAAGGCAUUUCUCCAACUCAUUUUGAACGGGUUCUGGAUUUUUUCUACACUGGGGACAUAGAGAUUACAUAUGAAUCAGUCAUUGAUAUCUUACAAAUAUCAUCCAUGUAUCAGAUACAGGCCUUGCAGCUUAUAUGUGAAAAAUACUUAGCGGGUGACCUCUGUUCCCAAAAUUGUAUCCUCAACUGGAAGCUGUCAUUGACUUAUAACUGUAUGCUUCUUGAAGAGAGAUCUUUUUGGAGUAUGACUGAGAAUUUCCCAGAGCUGAAAGGUUCACAAGAGUUUCUUGAAUUGACUAAAGACGAGCUUAUAAAAUACAUCGAUGCUGAAUGUUUGAAUGUUGGUAAAGAGGAGCAGGUAUUAGAAGCUGUUAAGUUAUGGCUAGAUCAUGACCUGGACAGAGGGAAAAAACACAUUUUGGAGAUUUUAAAAUACUUUCGUUUUCCUCUGAUGGAUUCCAGACUUGUCAAUAGCAUCAUCCAGCAUUGCCAGUGUAUACAGUCAAGUAAGUCUAGUCUUGAGUAUAUCCAGAAAGCUCUAAAGGCAAAUCAGAAUUUCCCAAACCCAGAUAUAGAAUUAAGUCCACAUAUAUUUAAACCACGCAAAGAGCAUGCCUUGGUUAUGGUAGACGGCCGCAGGCAGGAAGUGUGUUGUUUCACUCUCCACUCUAGAAAACUGUAUUUUCUGGCCAAAUUUCCAUAUUUUUCUAAUGCCAAAGCUGCCUGUGUUCACAGUGGGGAUUUAUAUGUGUCAGGAGGUUCCGAUCAGCCCAAUAGAAUGGUAAGAUUCAUUACAGAUCAGAACAGAUGGGACACCUGUCCAGACCUGAUAGAGACUCGAUAUUUCCACUCUAUGGUAUCCGUUGGUGAUUCCAUCUAUAUUCUUGGUGGCUUUAGUAAAAGUAAAUCUACAAAUCCAUCUGCGGUUGAAAGAUAUGACCCGUCAACUGCUGUCAUCUCCCUUGUAGGAGAGAUAGCUUAUGCCUCAGGAAAGAUGUCAGCAACUGCUGUUGGCGAUGUGAUCUACAUGUUUGGGGGUAGUGAAGACCGCUACGACUACCUUGACAAUGAAUUGCUCUACAAAUCAACUACUUUUCACAGUUACAACACAAAAACCAACACGGCUUGCAUUCUGGGUUGUUCGCCGUCAAUUACCAUGGGCAGCCAAGCAUUAACAGUUGAUGACACUGUAUACAUUUUUAGUCCUAACGGCAACAUCCUGACCCUGUCAGAUGAAAAAACACCUGUCAUUGUUCAUGUCCUAAAAUCAUUCGACCAUCGCCACUUUCGGGUCGUUCAUCACCAUGGAUAUUUCUUCCUACUUCAGCUGGCCGCUCCAAAGUUCCACGACGAAGCCCUUGUGCUAUCUUGGAACCCUCAGACUAAAGAGGAAUAUGUACUGCUGUGGGACAAACUGCCGAGGACACUCCUAGACUCUCACUGGAUGAAGGUUACCAUCAGCAAGCAGCAUCUAUGUUACGAAUGUACUAGACGAUAG